UCGUGGUCCGUGACACAGCCCCGGGUUCACGCUGUGGGUAGUAAAUAGUGUAACGAUUAUAAAACAACGUGCGUUCAGAGUUAAUUUACAUUAUAACCAUAUCACGCAUGUCUGUCCGUUGAACGCUACUAUGAUGGCGUCGCUGUCGAGGGCUCGGAGCGCACGGCGGCUCUCUGCGGACAUACUUUCAUAUCACAUGUUAGGCACGGAGGUCAGGAGAGGCGGCUGUUCCGUAGCGGCAGCAGCAGCCGCGUGGAGGCGGAGAGUCCCCGGUGGUGUCAGAGGGGUCAGCACCUCCUGUCCACUGAGCUCCAAGUCCCGAGGACACCAGAAGAGAGAGCUGUCGGAAAAGGAGCUGACCCGGCACUUUGUGGACCAGCGUCGCGUGAAGCUGCUGGCUGGUUCGGGCGGUAAAGGGGCCUCCAGCUUUCACAGCGAGCCCCGAAAAGAGUGGGGUGGACCGGAUGGAGGCAAUGGAGGCGAUGGGGGAAGCAUCGUCAUCAAAGCGGACAAGUUUGUCAAAUCGUUGGCUCAAGUGGUUCCGAUUUACAAGGGAGAAGACGGGGAGAAGGGUGGGAACAAGAACUGUUACGGCAAGAAUGGCGUCCAAUCCUAUAUUUCGGUACCGUUAGGCACCGUUGUGAAGGAAGACGGAGAGAUGGUAGUGGACCUUUCUGAGCACGGCCAGGAGUAUCUGGCCGUAUUCGGAGGCGCCGGUGGGAAGGGGAACCGGUUCUUUCUUUCCAAUGAGAACCGCGCCCCGAUGAGCGCGACCCCAGGAGUGACGGGCCAGGAGAGGGUCCUCCAGCUGGAGCUGCGCACCAUGGCCCAUGCCGGCCUGGUGGGGUUUCCUAAUGCUGGGAAAUCGUCCUUGUUGAGAGCCAUCUCCAACGCUCGGCCGGCGGUGGCUGCUUACCCUUUCACAACGCUCAAUCCUCACGUGGGAAUCGUCAACUACAGGGAUCACGAGCAAGUUGCAGUUGCUGACAUCCCGGGCAUCAUUAGAGGGGCCCAUCUCAAUCGAGGCCUCGGCAUCUCUUUCCUGCGGCACAUCGAGCGCUGCCCUUUCCUCCUCUACGUCCUGGACCUGUCUACUCCGGAGCCCUGGGCCCAGCUUCGGCACUUGCAUUAUGAACUGGACCAGUACGAGCCUGGUCUUUCCCGGCGGCCUCAGGCCAUCAUAGCCAACAAGAUGGACCUGCCCGAGGCCCGGGAGAAGAUCGAGGACCUGAGGAGCCGCGUCACCCAGCGGGUCAUCCCCGUGUCGGCUCUCACGGGACAGAACACGGAGGAGCUCAUCCUCCACCUCAGAGAGCUCUAUGACGGCUACCUCUGUGGGGAAGAAAAACCCACCAGGUGGUAGUAAAAAAAACAAAAACAUUUCCGCUUGCUCGAGGGACAUUUUUAUGAUGUAUAUAUAUUUAUACUGGAAGAUAAAGAAUGUAUUUAAAUUGCUCAAUAAAUGUAU